GGGGCUUGGCAGGCUUUCCAUUCAGCAUACAAACAAACUGCACAGGGUUCAGUCAUUCAGUCUUUCACAGCCUGUCUACCUGAAAUCAAGACCUCUCAGAUUAACGCUAAUAUGCACACCACUGUGCUGUUGGUAUUGUGGGUGCUGGGAACAUCACUGGUGUUGCCAGACCCCGACACAGCUGGGGAUAGAGCGACAGAAGAGCCUAUUCCAUGUUCUAAAGGCUGCACCUGUUUGAUUGACGACUACAGCUUGGAGCUCAACAUGUACUGCAGUGCUCGCAACUUCUCACAAGUUCCGGCCGACAUGCCCACAUCCACUCACUCGAUCUGGCUGGACAGCAACUUGUUCACCUCCCUUCCGGCAUCAUCUUUUAAGGAUCUUACUAACCUGGACUUUUUGAAUCUUCAGAGUGGCCAACUGGUGACAAUUGACCCUCAGGCUUUCAAAGGACUCAGAUCACUUGCGCACAUUCACCUUGAGCGAAAUCGGCUGCGGACGUUACCUGGUACAAUCUUCCAGAAUACACCUUACCUUGCAUCACUUAGUCUGCAUAACAACCAGCUCGCUCGUAUUGAGGAAAGACUGUUUGCGGGACUCUCACAUAUGUGGCUUCUCAACCUAGGCUGGAACUCAAUCGCGGUUCUACCUGAGACAGUUUUCCAGGACUUGCCAGGUCUACGGGAGCUUGUUCUUGCAGGGAACAGGCUCGCUUACUUGCAGCCCCAGCUUUUCCAGAAUCUUGUCGAGCUUAAAGAAUUGGAUCUGACUGGGAAUCACCUCAGAGUCAUCAAAGCCAAUGUGUUUGUUAAACUUAUUAAACUGCAGAAGCUCUACCUUGCCCAGAACCAGAUUGUGACGGUGGUAACCAGAUCCUUUGUGGGCAUGAAGUCACUAAGAUGGCUGGAUCUCACGAACAACAGACUGACGUCUCUCCAUGAUGACACCUUCAUGGGCCUGCACAGUCUUCAUGUCCUGCGUCUUUCCAACAACACCAUCACUGGAAUUAGACCCAGGACUUUCCGUGACCUGCAGUACUUGGAAGAGCUGCGGCUCAGCUACAACAGAAUCCGAGCCCUAGGGGAAAGGAUCUUUGAAGGGCUUGGUCAUCUGGAGGUCUUAGAGCUAGAGCACAACCAAGUGCAAGAGGCCCAAGUGGGUAGUUUCACAGGCCUCUCUCACGUUGCUGUCAUAAACCUGUCAGGAAGCUGCUUCCACAGUCUGCCAGACCAAGUUUUCAAAGGUCUGUCAAAGCUCCACAGCCUACAUCUUGACAGAGGUUGCCUAACAAGGAUUACAACUGAAGCUUUCAUUGGACUCUCUGGUCUACGGAGACUUUUCUUGCAGCACAAUAACAUCUCAGUGGUGGAACGACAAAGCUUUGUGGACCUAGUGGGCCUACUGGGACUGGACUUGUCUUUCAAUAAGUUAGAGGUUCUUACACCCCAUACAUUCUCUGGUCUCAAGAAUUUGGAGUACUUGCUGUUGUCCAACAACGAAUGUCGACAGUUUAUGCAGAACGGCACAACGCAGCUUCUCCCAAGGAUGCGUUAUCUUGACCUGAGGGAUAAUGUUUUGACAAGCAUGGUCCCUGAUUUCCCCGAGAGCAUGGAAAAGCUUUUGCUGUCGGGAAACCGUUGGAAAUGUGACUGCAGUGCCCUCCCACUCAGAAACUACAGCUUAAGAAAUCCCUUGGUGAUACCUCGGCAAGUGGAGACCCACGCUGAGGGUGAAGAACCUGACACAACUAUCACCAUAUACAACAACAUCACAUGCACCAGCCCACCACAUCUAGCUGGACAUGACCUGCGGGAUAUUGAUAGUGAACACUUCCAAAACUGCUAGACAAACAUGCUCAGAUGUGUCAGGAAUCAGUUGGUAUCAGAGAGAACAUUUUAUUAACCUGUAAUAUUUUUAACAACUUUAAUUCAUUAAGUGUUCAAUUUCAAACUUUUAGCUGUACAUGCAAUAAACUUCCAGUAUUUUCAUUCACAA